CUUGAGAGACGAAGAGGGAGGGUUAAAAAAAAAAAAAAAAAAAAACAGGGGAACAGCGGUCGGUCAUCCCAAAAGGGAAGCUAAAAAACAGACAGAGAUUGAUAAAAAGAAAGGGAUCAGCAGUGGGCCCAAGUUUCCUCCUUGUUGGUUUCCUCUGCUGCCCUUUUCCUCCUCUUAUCUCACCAAAACCUCAUUUGUUUUCGAAAAAUGGGUUUACUGGAUUCCUUCCUCAAUUGGCUCCGCAGAUAAAUGUUACAAUCCUGGAGUUGGGGGCCAGGGUCAAGGCCAAGGCCAAGUCAUGAUGGCUGUUCUGCCCAUGUGAAAGCAAGGCUGGACACCGCCAAGUGAAGCAACGUAUAAGUGGGAAUUCAAGUUUCUAGGAGGGGCAGCACACAUGCAUUGCUCUGAGAAGUGCCAGCAAGCUGUGGCAUAGCAUAAACGCAGGGUCCAAAGAGCAGGACCAAUUUGAAAGGAAUGUGUGGCAGAUUGCAGUGGCAUUUCAGUGUACAGCAUGCUGCUGUAUGAAGGGGUUGCAGCCUCAUGUGGAAGGCAAGACCAUGGAUGGAGAAGGAAGCACAUGAUUGUGCGGUUGCUUCAGGUGCUUGCUAUGUUAGUGUGGCAUGGCAUGGGCAGCUAGGCAGCAGUAUUCAAGCCAUUGCAAGGAGGCAGUUCAGUAGCAGACAAGGCAUGGGCUGGGCAUGUAUUGGGUGUCACUUGGGCAUGUACCAUGCACAGCAAUGUGCUUAGGGUGCGUAGCUUGCGUUUGGAAGGCUGCAAUCCUGCAAAACCUGCCCUGGGUGAAGGCUACACAAUGCGGUGGUGCUGGCUGCAAAUGGGGACAUAUUUACAUAGUGGUUCUUAAGAGGUGGCUACCUUAUUUCGAGGACCGAUCAUGUGGAUGAUUGUUGCAGGAAGUAACUUCCAUGAGAUGCUGGCCAAUCUCCAACAAGCUUAUUUUUUAAACAGGAAAUGGAACUUUCACUAGUAGGGCUUCAGAAUGCAGGAAAGACAUCUCUUUUGAAUGCCAUUGCUACAGGGGGCUACAGUGAGGACAUGAUUCCAACUGUCGGAUUCAACAUGCGAAAAGUAACCAAGGGAAAUGUGACAAUCAAGGUUUGGGACCUUGGAGGUCAAAGAAGGUUCCGCACAAUGUGGGAGCGUUACUGUCGUGGCGUCUCUGUAAUUGUCUACGUAGUUGAUGCUGCUGACAGAGACAAUAUUCCAAUAGCUCGAAGUGAGCUGCACGACCUCUUAAUGAAACCUUCCUUAAAUGGGAUUCCGUUACUUGUUCUUGGCAACAAAAUCGACAAGUCUGAGGCUCUUUCCAAACAAGCAUUGGUUGAUCAACUAGGCCUUGAUUCAAUUACGGAUAAAGAAGUGUGCUGCUAUAUGAUCUCAUGCAAGGACUCCAUAAAUAUAGAUGUUGUCAUUGAUUGGCUUAUCAAACACUCCAAAACAGCAAAAUGAUCGAUGCAUGGCCCUUGCUUGGUGUUUGAUCAAACAUAUUCCGAGUCGCAAAUCAGGCGCUGAAAAGACGAGUUGAUGAAAACAACCGUUUUGAGACUCUGUAACUAUAGUAGGUAGCUAUUCUCCAAAUAGAGAUCUGUACAAUACUUCUGUAGUUGCGAAGUGUGAUGCUUUGGUUAUAUUUCCCUUGUUCCUAUGAAAUUAUUUCAAUUUUCAAA